UGCUUCCUCUCGCACAUUUCUCCUUUUUCUCUUCCUGUGGCUCUUCUCCUGGUGUUACUGGUCAGCAUGUCUGGACGCGGCAAGCAGGGCGGCAAGGCUCGUGCCAAGGCCAAGACGCGCUCCUCGCGGGCCGGGCUGCAGUUCCCCGUGGGCCGCGUGCACCGGCUGCUCCGCAAGGGCAACUAUUCCGAGCGCGUCGGGGCGGGCGCGCCCGUGUACCUGGCGGCGGUGCUGGAGUACCUGACGGCCGAGAUCCUGGAGCUGGCGGGCAACGCGGCGCGCGACAACAAGAAGACGCGCAUCAUCCCGCGCCACCUGCAGCUGGCCAUCCGCAACGACGAGGAGCUCAACAAGCUGCUGGGCAAGGUGACCAUCGCGCAGGGCGGCGUGCUGCCCAACAUCCAGGCCGUGCUGCUGCCCAAGAAGACCGAGAGCCACCACAAGGCCAAGGGCAACGGUAAGCUGAUCCCAUUUCUCAAGGAAGCAAACAAGACCACUUCAGGCACAGCCGGGGGGCCUACGAACCAGACUGGCCUGUUGCUGCAAAUAAAGCCAGAACCCCCACCAGUGCUCUGGGCCAGUGUCCUGGUCUCUGUAACUCACGGCUCAGCCUGUUGUGACCCCUGAACUGACACAGGCUCAUUGCAAACUCAUCGAAGUCAUGUGCAGCCGCACACCCUCCUGUAGCGAGAACGGAACAGACUUGCAAUCCUCGGGGUCCGAGUGCAGGGAAAGUGCAGGGAAAUCAAACGAGAGGAGUUGUCAUUGAGCCUCUCUGGCUUCGCUGUGGCGGCCUCAACAGCACCUGGAGGCCUGGUUUAUGUCACAGAGGGAAACUGGUCUUUGUGCACUGAGCUUAGGACAGCUACCAACAUGCAAAAUCCAAAACCAUACACCAUGCCUCAAAAGCACAGUAAAUGUUCUUAUGGAGAAUUAAUUGUUAAGGGAACCAUCGGG